CAAUCAAUCGAGGGUUAGGGUUUUAGAAUCUCAGAGAAGCUUGUUUCCGGAAAAGAGAGGAAGAAGAAGAAGAAAGAAGAAACAGCAGCCAUGUUUCCAGGGAUGUUCAUGGAGAAGCCAGACAAAGCCGCGGCUUUGAAGCAGCUGCGAACACAUGUCGCUCUGUUCGGCGGCUGGGUUGUCGCUAUCCGCGCUGUUCCGUACGUCCUCUCGUAUUUCUCCGAUUCCAAGGAUGAGCUCAAGCUCGACUUCUAAGUCUCGAAUUUUCAGUGUUGAAGCGGUGAUAUUUAGAUGCACUGUGAGGCAAUGGAAGACAUUGUUUUUGGCGUAUUUGCUAUUUUCUAAAGGACUUGAAAUAACCAAGCUGUGAGACAAAGUUAUUAUAGUGUUUACUUUUGCUAUUCGUUUGUCACUUUGGUUUCUUAUC